UUUGGCUUAACAAGGCUUUUCCUUCGUCUUCCACGAACAAGGUCCAUAUUUUCGAUUCUUCAACACGUUCAUUUUUUUUUUUUCGAUACCGCGUCGCUCUUUCGUUUUUUGUUUUUUUGAAUUGCACAUAUUGGCGAUUUUUGAACUCUCCAACUCGUUCGACGCCUUAUUGCGAUCCCGUACACCCUCCGAAUUGCGAUUCUUGGCAAGCUAGAAAGGCGCACUUUAGUACUGGGAAAACAAACUUGGGGGGCCCGACGUAGAUCGCCACGACAACGCCUCUGUACGCGCCGGUCUGCGUACAAUUUUCACGAGCUCCGACUAUUGCAACCGCCAGCUACAAUAAUUUCCGAUUCGAAAUAUUUCGACCUCUACCGACCCGACGAUAAUUCAAGAGGGAAAUCGCUACAGCAUACAAGAUAUGCACGCCAAGCAACUCUUCACCAACUUAUAACAGUUUUCUAUACCUAAACAUAUUUUACUUUUGUGUUCGAGUACACUUGUGCGUGUGUCCGAGUCGGGCAAAGCGAGGAAAAGGUGUUGUGUGACUGGAAACAUAGUCCUCGACGCCCGAGGUGCGGCUUGGAAAAGAGAGCAUAAGCGGAUAAUCGAGGGGCUCGUCGGCUUGUCUCUGCUUCAAAAUGGCUGGACCACCUAGUAUCAUUUCUUCCCGGAUGACGGAUGUUAACUCCGACGACGAAGGCACCAAGGAGGCACCAAGCUCCAACGGAAAUCGUCGUAGCCAGUUGGAGAACCUCUCACGGCCAGGGACCGCAAGAACCGGGCUCUCCUCGAAAACUCAAAAUCAACCCCUACGCCAUGCCCUGGGCAAGCGCACGAGCGCUGCCGCAAGCAGCAUAGCGAGCGGGCGUCCUGGGAGUUCUCUAAGUCGGAGUCACGUCCCGUCGCUUACAUCACACGCUUUCUUCCAUCCCAUGAGCUCUCAGAAGCUUCAGGCUCAAAGAAGCGGGACUCGACCUACGAUGUUGCUCCGGCAGCAGAGUCGUGGCGACAUCGAGCUGUCCCGCGAUGGGCGCAGCGUCACUCGCCAGAGUGUCACGUCGGAUUUCACCAACCCGCAGAUGAUGUCACGCCUGGCUCAGUCGCAUUCGGCUUACGAUAAUGAACAACUGCGGCCACCAGGGUCACGUGGAACCGAGGUGACCGAUCUUGAUGGAGGAGCGGACAGGGUUACCGCAAACACCAGCCCAACUUACGGUCACUAUCCGACUGGUAGCUUGUCGGAGAGCGUGCGACCGCUCCAGAAGAAGCCUGGUGAGGGCAGGAACAACAGUCUCACUGUUCGUGUGGAUAGGAACUACAAGUCAAGGGACAAUCUCCCCACUCCGGUUAGGACUCCCCGCUCCUUCCGCUCCAGCUUCAUGCUUCCGACACGGAAUGGCUCACCGCAGACCGGUGCGAACCGGGACAUUCAGGGCGGCGAGAAGCUCGAGUCUGUUGCUUCCACUCCUCAACUCAGCCCAGCCGAUGCCGUAGCAGCGACAGCAAACGAUUCGAAUGCGGAAAAGAUGGCCAUCGCCGUUGGUCGAAACUUUGAGUUUUUUGAGGGCAACACUGUCUUCUGUCUGGGUGGCCGCUUCCAAAACACCCGGUCGACACCUGUCAACAUCGCUACCGGAUCUCUUGUUGUCAUCCCUUCGGCUCUAUGGUUCGCAUUCAGUGCGCCGUGGCUCUGGGAUAACGUCUCGCCCGCAGUUCCCAUAACCUUUGCAUAUCUCUUUUAUAUCUGUAUUUCCUCGUUCAUACACGCAUCUGUGUCGGAUCCAGGGAUCCUACCGAGGAACUUGCAUCAGUUUCCUCCCCCAGACGAAAACGACGAUCCGCUACGACUGGGACCACCAACUACGGACUGGACACUAAUAAGAUCUGCCGAGAGCUCGACGUCAGCAAUGGAGGUCCCAACCAAGUACUGCAGGACAUGCAACAUCUGGCGGCCACCGCGCACACACCAUUGCCGCCUUUGCGACAACUGCAUCGAGACUGCUGACCACCACUGCGUUUGGCUCAACAACUGUGUGGGACGCCGCAAUUACCGGUACUUCUUCGCAUUCGUCACAUCUACCACCCUACUCUCCAUCUACCUUCUCGCAUCUUGCCUAGGGCAGAUAACAACAUACGCUAGUCUGGAGAACGUAUCUGUUGGACAAGCCAUCGACCACUUCCGCGUACCUUUUGCUUUAGUAAUCUAUGGGUUCCUAGGGUUUUUGUACCCUGCCGCCCUGAUGUUCUACCACAUAUUUUUGAUGGCACGCGGCGAGACGACAAGGGAGUUCCUCAACUCUCAUAAAUUCUUGAAAAAGGACCGGUACAGGGCCUUCACCCAGGGCAACUGGGUCAAGAACUGGAUCGUGGUGCUCUGCAGGCCUCGGCCGCCCACAUAUUACCGCUUCAAGGAGAAAGCGGUUCAAGGUGAUCAGAGACUUGCGGCGACGAAGAGAUCGGAGCUCCGACGGGCCGAAACCAAGGAGGGCAUGGAGAUGCAAGAUGUCGGGCCUGCAAGCGUAGGGUUUCAAGGGCCGACUUCCCGAGCCGCGGCUGCAGCAUGACGUCUCGUGAUGCACACAAACUUUUCACGUCAUUCAUUUUAUCUUUGUUCCCUAUUCAACCCAUCUGUUUUAUUUCGUGUUUUUUUUUUUUUAUCUCUUUUUCUUUCUUUUUCUUCUGUUCAUGGUUUGCGUUGCCAAGCGACUUAUUCCCUUUUUCUUCCGUUCUUACAUAUGUUUUAUUUGUCAGCUGGAAGAUAAUGCAGGGAAAACUUCCAUGUUCUGGGACAGGAGCUGUAUAUACAUACCUUGGCUGUGCUUGUAAUUUGGAAUGGGUGGCGCAGUGGGAGUGGUGGAAAAUCGAAAGCGCGGCUUGCAAAAUUUCUUUCUGUCUCCUGACUUACUUUUUUUUCCUCUACGAUAAUACAAUAUUGUGU